AUGUCUUUCGUCGCAACCCCUGAGGAGGUCCAGGCUUUCCAGGACCUCUCAUCCAAUCCUAGCUUCUCUCAAGAGCUCAUUGUCACAGAUUUUGAGACAACGCCUGAAUUCAUCCAGUCAGUCCUGCCUCCCAAUUUCGAGGCUGGCGAUACCCCGACCGGCCACAUCAGCGUCGGUACGUUCGAGAGCAAGCUCUGCGGUGAAUUCGAUUGUGCCAUGGUAUCCAUCGACGUCAAGUUCAACGGCCGCCCUGGCACAUACCUGCUUGAGCUCAUCGUCAGUGGUGACAUGCCGGUGACCUGGGGACGCGAGGUCUGGGGUGAGGUCAAGAAGACUGGAACUUGCAAGAUCUGGAGGUCCGGCAAUUACCGCUACGCCGUUGCCGAGCGUUACGGUGUGCGGCUGAUCGAACUGCAAGGAGAGUUUGGGGAUGACCAGCCUCCCCGUAUCCGCGAGAACACAGCCUAUGAGAUCAAGGCUUACCCCCAUUCUAUGGGCAGGGGUCUUCAGUGGGCACCCAAAGUGAACCAGCUCAAGGUCGUUGAACACGAUACCCGUUGGUCAAAGGGGACAGGCAGGGUUACCAUCCGCGGCACAUCGUCAGAUCCACUGCACAGCAUCCCCAUCAAGGCCAUCAGUGAGUUCAUUUACUGCUCCGGCCGGUCCGACUAUAACGUCGUUGCCGACUACGAUCUGGGAGCUACGGAUGCCUACCUACCUUACCUCGUUGGGCGCCAUUACGACGAUCUGCGAAAGUUCAAAGUCGGUAUCCAGUGGACUCAAAUGAAGGACGAGGAAGAGGACGAGAAGCCCAUGUUGGUGCAGCGCCUGCAGACUCCUCAGUAG